AUGUAUCCCUGCCUCGCUUUCAGUCACAACCGGUCGAGUAUCAGGUCCACCCCUAGCGAAGCCAGCCCGACCCUCAUCAAUCAUGUUUCCACCAUCACGGACAGCUUUAUGGGCGAUGGCUACUUCAACUCCUUCGACUCAGAGGUUCCUAGAGCCCCUCCACCGUCUCUGGACAACGAUACUCUGCUCGAUAUUCAUCCCCGCAAGACCUCCUUUUCUGAUGUCCUUGGAAUGAGCAGCGCCUGUGCUUUUCCCUCUUGGCCCAAGCGUCCCAGUCUGCUGAGCUCAGACUCGGAGGGAUCAACUGCUUCUGCUUACCUCUCGGACGAGGACCUACUGUUCUCUAGUGGCCCCGUUUCCUCCUCGGAGUCCGCUAUUGAAGAAGAAUCCGCUGCUCAGGAACCGGCCAUUGGCGCUCAUUCCUUGACCACCGAACAACAGAUCCAGAUGCUGCGCGCUGCUGCUGAAGAAGAGGCUCACCGCGCCCGUUUCCUGGCUCAAGUUCAAGCACAUGCGCGCGCUCAGCAAGCUCUCCGUGUAGCUCAGAUGGCUGCAACGGAAAAGGAGAACACAAAGAGCAAGAAGCGCAGAACUUUUUCGGACAGGAAGAAACGCGCGACAUUCGUCAGAGCCAUUGCCAGUCAGUGGAAGGCACCUGCUCCAGACCUUUCUGGAAAGGAUGAGCAAAGCGCGAGUCUCUGGGAUGACAGGAGAGAGAAUAUGCACGUGCAUCACCCAGUGUCUCAUCCGGCGCCUUGGUUGGCUGGUGCGGGUUGCGCCGACGCAGGCGUGCGAACUUCCAUGGCCGACCGGGCGUGCCGUGAUUUGCUGCCCAAGACAGGCGGCCUGAUUACAUAA